UGUGCUAUCAGUUAGCAGUUGUGACUGUUUAUGCUACUGAUACCGUUGUUAUAGAUCAGACUGCACCUUCAGUCUCUUUUUCUUUGUAUUGCUUUAUUUGGCCGGAAUAUGUAGCCUAUAUUGAAGAAUGGAAAGUAGAGCAAAGGUGUCUUUAUUGUUUCAGCUAAGAGGACUCCUUUUGGGACAUAUGGUGGUGUUCUUAAAGACCACAGUGCCACAGACUUGGCUGAGCACGCUGCUAAAGCUGCCCUUGUUGCUGGUAAUGUAGCUCCAGAACUAGUUAACAGUGUCAUCGUGGGUAAUGUCAUGCAGAGCUCUGCAGAUGCUCCCUAUAUUGCACGUCAUGUGGGCCUCCGGUGUAACGUGCCAAUACCAGUUCCUGCUCUGACUGUGAACCGACUUUGUGGAUCAGGGUUCCAGUCCAUCAUAAGCGGAGCUCAGGAGAUCUGCCUUAAAGAGUCAGAGAUCGUACUUUGUGGAGGGUCGGAGAGCAUGAGCCAAGCCCCUUAUGCUGUGCGCAACAUCCGUUUUGGCACCAAGUUUGGCACUGAUUUGAAGCUUGAGGACACACUGUGGGCAGGACUCACAGACCUUCACAUAAAGACCCCUAUGGGCAUCACAGCAGAAAAUCUGGCAGAAAAAUACCAAAUUACACGAGAGGAUUGUGACCGGUAUGCCCACCAGACACAGCAGCAGUGGAAAGCUGCUUAUGAGGCCGGAUACUACAAUGCUGAAAUUGCACCUGUUGAUGUGAAGGCCAAGAAAGGGAAAGUGUUUAUGACCCACGAUGAACAUCCUCGACCACAAACUACACUGGAGCAGAUGACGAAGCUGCCACCUGUGUUCAAGAAAGGGGGCACGGUCACUGCUGCCAAUGCUUCAGGUGUGUCAGAUGGAGCUGCAGCUGUGGUGAUAGCUAGUGAGGACGCUCUUAAGGAGCACAAGCUCACUCCAUUGGCUAGAAUUGUAGCAUAUGACAUCUCAGGCUGUGACCCUACAAUCAUGGGCAUUGGUCCAGUACCUGCUAUAACAGGGGCUCUGAAGAAAGUAGGGCUCACAUUGAAUGACAUGGAUUUAGUAGAGGUGAAUGAAGCAUUUGCUUCCCAGUAUUUAGCAGUUGUUAAAGCUUUAGGACUGGAACCAGAAAGGACUAAUGUCAAUGGAGGAGCUAUUGCAAUUGGCCACCCACUAGGAGCCUCUGGGGUCAGAAUCACUGCACACUUGGUUCAUGAGCUCAGGCGGCGAAGUGGUAAGUAUGCAGUGGGCUCAGCCUGUAUUGGUGGUGGCCAGGGCAUUGCUGUAAUUCUGGAAAAUACCCAAUGAGCAAAAGGAGAAACAUGCAUGUAAAAGCAAAAUGGAUCCAAAAUGUGCAAUCAGGGACUGAAAAGUCUUUGAUGUAUUUACAAAUAUUCACAUGUUACAUAGAAUUUCUAGCAGACUUGACAAAUUAAAUAAUGCAAUUUGCUUAAUGAUAGUUAUUGUAAUAAGGUGUAUUCUUUACCAAAAAUGUUAAAUUAAAUAAACAUAUGUCCAGACAUGUUUUUCAAUGUUUUGUUAAGAAUUCAACAGUAGGGAUACAAAUCUGUAUCAAUCUGUUAUCAAUCUAUAAAUCGGUAUAGCAUCUCUUCCUACAUGAAAUGGUAUUUUCUGGUAGCUAUUUUGUAGAAACCUUUUGCAAUAUAUUUUGCUGUUCCAGUAUAUAGUCCUUGAGAGACCUUAAAAGUACUUCAGAAGCAUUAAAAGAACAAUGUACCUUUUAAUGUAAGUGGAUGACUAAUUUAUAGUCAUGUAGGGAGUAAUGAGGAGUAAAGUGCCUGUUUUUCUUUUCUUUUUUUAAACUGUUAAUAGGUCAUGUGUUGAAUGUCUUUUUAACUCACUCCCUUCAGUCUGACAUAUUUGUAACAUAAUCACUCCAAUGUGAAGCACAUGCUGUACAUCAUGGAUUGAGACUUUGGAAACCUGUUGUGCUCUCUGGAUUCAUGAUGAUAAGUGUCAUAUCAAUGUAUUUAGAAAGCCUUCUCAGUGCACAAAUAAAGGGAAAAAAAUGAGUAGCCACUGGA